AUGGGCUACGGAGUAUUUCCACUUCUACUUUUCCUUAUCUUCCUUACGACUCUUCCUAUCUGCCUCGCGGCCGAAACAGAUGCAGAAUGUUUUGUCGAACUCGAAAUCCGUUAUCUCGACACCAAAUUGGAUAGUAUUGUCGGCGCUACCUUCAAACAAAUUACACCGCCGGAAUGCAAGGGCAAACAAUGCUGUAUAGACAUUGCAAAGCCACCAGAAGAGAGCGCCAAGAAUCUAGUUUUAUGGAAUACUAAAUCUAUCCAUACUGGCCACUGUAAUUGUUGGUUCUAUAGAAAACCGGGCUGUGCUGGGGAUCCGGUGGUUAGAGCAUCCUCAAACUAUGUACAGGAGGACCUUUUGGAGAUGUUGAAGGUUGAACACGGACAAACCAAAUAUGAUCGAGGGAAAAUAUCAAGCUUUGCCUGCUUCCCAUAG